AUGGCGACAGCUGUGUCCACGAAACUUCCCGCGCCCAAAAUCAAACGCCCUCCUCCGUCCUACAUCCAGACUGGGAUCAAUGGCGCGAAGCCUUCACAGCCAUCUCCAUCCCCACUGGGUUCGGCUUCAAAUCGUGCUUCGCUCGCCAAACAGCCAUGCUCGGUGACUCCGAUAAGUGCUACCGCCGCAAAUGGCGCAAAUAAUCGCCAGCCAAUGCGCCCCAGGAAAGAGGCUCAGAAACCAGGAGACUCUGCAUCUCGUUUACAGCGUCUGUCGAUAAAGCAUCCUGGCGCAGAUGGAGCUAUUACAGAUCGGAAUCAGCUGAAGAUGUUUCCAGAGCCAUAUGUGAAAACUACGUCCUAUAUCCUCAAAAAAUACUCGAAAGUUCCGCCAUCCUUAACUAUACAUUUACAUCCCACCCACUUCCGUUUCGACCAGCAAGAUGGCAGCUUUCCCUAUAACUCUGAAAUGAAGAUUUUCAUGAAGCACUUGAAGGCUGGCACAGUUCCUCACGACAUGAUGGAGGAGUUGGUGAGAUGCGGAGUCCGCUUCUAUGAGAAUUGCCUCAUUGUCCGCGUCGUGGAUCAUAAAUCCAUCUCCACGCAAUCCAACACCUCAUCCAAUUCCAAUUCUGGGGAGAAGAGCUCACCUUUUUCCUUGCACAAUUACAAUCAGCACAUCACUCCUUCACCAUUUGUUCCAUAUCCGCAACAGAAUCAGUCGAAGAUAAAGCCUACCACCAAUGGAUCUUCAACAGGUAGCAGCCAUAAAGCAGACGAGCAGCCGGUAUCAGAAACAAGUAGUGACACUGUAGUACCCAAUGGAGUGAAAGCGGGAUCUAGCAAUUCAAAACAACCAGCCAUGAAACCCAAGGUGUUCACCACAGUAUUACAUCCCACACCUCAGUCUCUACUCGCAGAAUUAACGUUGUUGUCCAUGACGCCUGAUCCACGAGUAAAUCGUCGCCAGUCCCAAGCAUAUCCCGCGUCGCGAACUGGAUCAGCUGUCCAAACGCCUAGUAUAUCUACACUUCCAUCUUCUCCGAUAUCUGACCGUCCGCCUCCAGCAAAGAGACAAAAGAUGAUGGUUGAACCAUCAGAACUUCUAGAAGCAGAGGCAAAACUUAUACAUGCCACAGCUCCACCACUCUACCUAGAGCCGGUUGAUUCAUUGACCGCGAGUGCGAGUCUUCUCAAGUUUUUAGAAGAUCCUCGACAUCGCAACAAACCGCCUUCACCAAAGACCAGAAGGCGGACUGUCGCAGAGUUAGCUGCGGAUGAAGCAUUGGCUGCUGAAGAGGAACGAUUUAUGCUUAUCAUGGAUGAGAGGCUGGGGCCUUCCACUUCUGGCAACGCUGGGGGAGCGAAGCCUCCUAAUGUUGAUGACGAAAGUGGUGCAGCUCCAUUCGAACCUAGAUUUUCAAGAUUCAAAACUCUCGAGAAAAUUCGCCAUGAACAUGAAGAGAAAGCUAAAAUCGAACAUGAAAAGAAGCUUCAACAAGACCACGCUAAAAGGUUGCAGCAGGAAGCUGAGAAAGAGAAACGACGGGCAACAGAGCAGCGGUUGGCAGAAGAACAAAGCCGGGAAGAUAAAAGAAGGGCGCAAAUGGCGGCAGCAGCAGCACACCAUGCCCAGGUGCAAGCACAUGCCCAACUUUUGGUUGCACAAAAUCGGGCCCGCUCCCAGUCCCGUGGAAACCCUGCUAUGGGAAUACCUCAUCAGCCGCAGCCUCGACAAAUGGUUCCAGCGUCUCAAGGUCAACAGUCAUCUCCACCAGUCCGGAAUGUAACCCCUCAUAGUUCGUCACCUUUGGCAGGAAAUUUGAUGGGACCUCAGAUGAACCAAGGAGUUCCAAUGGCUAUAACAGGUUCCUCACAAGGAGUGGGAAGUCCACUUCAAGUUACAUCAGGUGUACAACAUAGCCAUCCAGCUGUUAUGGCACAUCCGAUGGUUAAUACACGAAGCCAACAGGGUCAGAGUAGACAUGGCACUCCACAGAUGGGGCAAGGGACCCCUGCUAUACAACAUGCCACACCAAUAAUGCGCAAUGCAACUCCCACGCAGAGAAUGACACAUGCAAGUCCCAGCGCUUCUACCAUGGCUCAGACCCCUGUUAUGAACCAUCCCAUAAUGGCCAAUCCCCAGAUGAAUGGUGUGAUGAUGACCCCGCAACAACAGCAGCAAGCUAUCCUGCAGCAGAGGCAGCAACUUAUUAUGCAGCGAAAUUUGCAAGCCCAGGCCGGCACUCAACAGUUCACGCCUCAGCAAAUGGCACAGCUUCAGCUCCAGGCCAAUAUGCACGCACAGCAAAGUAUUCAGCAUGCCCAGCCUCAACAACACCCAAAUAUAUUUAUGCAACAACAGGCGCAGACGCAGGCGCAACAGCAGCAGCAAAUCCAACAACAGCAGCAAACCCAACCGCAGCAGGUGCAACAGAACCAGUUCCCAAAUGCAGCUGCUUAUCAAGCACAUGUCAUGCGAUCUCAGCUGGCACAGCUGCAAAUGUCACAGGCCCAAGCUCCUCACGGCCAACAGCAAGGGAGCCCGCAACAACUCCCACCGCAGCAAGCGAUGCCGCAAGCAAGUGGUGUAGUUGGGCAAGGCCAAGGAGCACUUCCACCUCGCUACCGGUUACUCUACACGCAGCGCAUGCUGCCACAAGCUCAAAACGAGGUACGCGCGAAACUCAUACAGCAAUUCGGUCAUCCGUCUGGCUGGCACGAUGCCGUUCGCCAGCAGUUCCAAGAACAAGUAGAGAAAAUCGCCAAACAAUAUUUGUUUGACUUUAUGAAAAGGGAGGGUCAACAACGGGCCCAACAAGCGCAGGCACAGGCACAGGCACAGGCACAGGCGCAGGCUCAGGUUAUCCAGCAUCAACAGCAACAGCAGCAGCAGCAAGGCAUGAUGAGUAACAGUAUUGCUAAAUAA